CUCACAGUUAUCACAAGGCUUGGGGCAUGAAAUGUGACUUUCUCAAUCUUUACAUCAAAUUUCGAGGUUCAGAAGGUUUUAAUUGGUUUUCCUUUCUCAAGGACUUCAAGGAUCACUGAGAGCUAGCUCUGUUUUCACCAUCAUUUGUAGGGUCCUUUCACGUGAUUUUCAGAGAACUUUUGGGGUAGGCAGUGAAACUGGGAUAGAUAUAUCAUCAAACCCUGAGCGUUGUUGAUUUAUUUCGGAAAAUUAGAGGGCGAUAUGGGUAGCUUGUUACUUGAGUGAGGACAAUCGUUUGAAUUGGGAAUUUGGAGACCAUCUAAGAUGAGUACACGGGAUAUCGAGGGCGAGUGGCGAGCAGCCUCCUACUUCUUAGCGAAGGGUCCUUCAGCAACGUUGCAGUAUUUGCAAAAGGAUGUGCGGUCCAAUUUGUUCGCAUUGAAGGCCCAAGCCUUGGACGGGGAUUGUCCUCCUGGUCAAGACGGAUCGAUGGCUAUGGAUCCCUCGCUCAGAAUUAGACAGGAAGCGUGGAAUGCCCUGAAGGGGAUGUCGAGGGAGCAAGCCAAGCGGAAUUUCGUCGAUUUACUCACAGAGGUGCUCCCUGAGUGGAAGAAGUGGAGCGCAGAUUACGCAUCUAAGACAAACAGUGGAGAAGAACACGAGAGUGAGGCUGAUAAGCUCGUGAAAGCUUUCAAACUAAGGAUGGGCAUAUCCUCUAGUACCUCAAUCCAAUUGUCGAGGCUGUAGUUAGACAACUGUAAAUGUUGGGGUGGGUAGACAUCAUCAGUCUACCACAAUGGUAAGCUAGAUCGCGAACAUAUUACUCGAAUUCGCUGCGCAAAUUAUCCAAAGCUUCUUAGUAAUCUGAAGAGUUGCGUGGUCACACCAGUGAAUCAAAAGAACGUGUCUUUGCAUUCAUGAUAUGAGUUACUGUUCCUCA